CAGCCCGACUCCCUGCGCCCCGAUCUGGGAUGCUUUUAGCGCAGAGACUCCUCCACUCAGGGCAGCCCGUGGACAUCGACGCAGACCAUCAACACUCUUUUCGUUGUUGUUUUUAUUUUUAACCGAGGAUCUUUUCCCCCUCUCAUCCCCUCAUCUUCCCGUUUUUUAAGAGUUUAUGUUUAUUUCUUCAUGAAUGCUGCUGUGGGAACCGAGCCCCAGCACACGCUCCAGCAACACGAACACCAUGCGAGCCCAAAUCGAAGUCAUACCCUGCAAAAUCUGCGGAGACAAAUCAUCAGGUAUCCACUACGGAGUCAUCACGUGUGAGGGAUGUAAGGGUUUCUUCAGACGGAGUCAGCAGAACAAUGCGGCCUACUCCUGCCCCCGCCAGAGGAACUGCCUCAUCGACAGAACAAACCGCAACCGCUGCCAACACUGCCGCCUGCAGAAAUGUCUCGCCCUAGGAAUGUCCAGAGAUGCGGUAAAGUUUGGCCGCAUGUCCAAGAAGCAGCGUGACAGCCUGUACGCAGAGGUGCAGAAGCACCAGGCGCGACUGCUGGAGCAGCGGCAGCAGCAGACAGGCGAAGCGGAAGCUCUCGCACGUGUUUACUCGUCCAGCCUGACCAACGGACUGUCCACCCUCAACCACGAGAUUGGAGGAACCUAUGCCAACGGUCACGUCAUUGAGCUGCCCAAGGGUGGCCAUGGUAACGCAAGCGUAGUCCCAGGGGGGUACUAUGGGAUGGAUUCCACCCAGCCGUCUCCAGAUCAGUCAGGUCUGGACAUGUCGGGCAUGAAGCACAUUAAGCAGGAACCGGUGUAUGACCUGACGCCGGUGCCCAACCUGUUCAGCUACGGAGGCUACCAGGACAGUCAGCUGGGACCCAAUAACGUCAGCAUGGGAGAGCUGGAUCGUAUUGCUCAGAAUAUCAUCAAGUCCCACUUGGAGACAUGUCAGUACACAACGGAGGAGCUGCAGCAGCUCGCCUGGCAGACACACUCCUAUGAAGAGGUCAAGAUGUACCAGAGCAAGCCCCGGGACGCGCUGUGGCAGCAGUGUGCCAUCCAGAUCACCCAUGCGAUCCAGUACGUGGUGGAGUUCGCAAAGCGUAUCUCAGGGUUCAUGGAACUGUGCCAGAACGACCAGAUCCUCCUGCUCAAGUCAGGCUGCUUGGAGGUAGUGUUGGUGCGGAUGUGCAGAGCGUUCAACCCUCUCAACAACACUGUGCUCUUUGAAGGGAAGUACGGCGGCAUGCAGAUGUUCAAAGCUCUAGGUUGCGAUGACUUAGUGAGUGCGGUGUUUGACUUUGCCAAGAGUUUGUGUUCACUGCAGCUGACAGAGGAGGAGAUCGCUCUGUUCUCGGCAGCUGUACUCAUUUCCACAGAUCGGCCAUGGCUGAUGGAGCCUCGAAAGGUCCAGAAGCUCCAGGAGAAGAUCUACUUUGCUCUGCAGCACAUUAUGCAGAAGAACCAUAUGGACGAAGACGCACUGGCUAAGCUGAUCAGCCGGAUCCCAACGUUGUCAGCCCUGUGCACGCUCCACACCGAGGAGCUCCAGGCCUUCCAGCAGCUCCACCCAGAAACAGUCAACGUCCUCUUCCCUCCGCUCUACAAAGAACUCUUCAACCCCGACCCCAACUCUGGGGUCAUGGCCAUGCCCAAGUGACUGCCUGUGGUCCCAAUGCAACAAACGGCAUCAGCGGAGGACCAAGAAAAUGAGGAGACAGCCACGCCCGACGAGACGACAGCGGCCGUGUCGACUAUGUCAUCAUCGUGGCAAUCACACAUUCCUGAGCUCCCCGAGCCUCAUUUCAGGCUGGGGGGUGAGGAGUCAUCUGCCAGAAACGUACAGUUACCGCCAACAAUACUAGGAAUGUCCAGCACUUAUCCAUCCUGUUCACCGAUACAGUCUGAAGAAUGUAUAUAUAAAUGAAACGCGCCCCAAGCCACAAUUUAAGUGGGGCUUCCUCCCGUCUCCUGAACUGACUGACCAGAAAUGUACAGACUUUAAAACAUCUAGGAACAAUUUUAAGCUGUCAAUCUUAAAAAAAAAAAAAAAAAAAUGGCUAAGUUCAUUUGUUUUAACUUUGAAAAAAAUCUUUUUGGUUUGUUCAAUU